CCCUGGAGGAGCUGCCCGGCUGCGCAGCACCUCCCUCGCUGCUGCCCGCCACAGACCCGCUCCUGGGCUGUCCCCUCUAUCCCAGCCUGUCCCCGCUCCUGGGCUGUCCCCUCUCCUGGGCUGUCCCCGCUCCUGGGCUGUCCCCUCUAUCCCAGCCCUGUCCCCUCUGCCCCCUCUGCUCUGCCCAGCCCUGUCCCCUCUCCUGGGCUGUCCCCUCUAUCCCAGCCCUGUCCCCUCUCUGUCCCCUCUCUCCCCCAGCGCUGUUCCCUGACCUCCAGCGCUGUCCCCUCUCUGUGCCCAGUCCCCUCUCUGUCCCCUCUCUCCCCCAGCUCUGUCCCCUCGCUGUCCCCUGUCUGUCCCCUGUCCCCCAGCGCUGUCCCCUCUCUCGCAGCCCGUUCCCGGGAUGGCGGUGGCGCUGGCGGUGGCGCUGGCGGUGGCGCUGGUGCCGCUGGCAGCCGAGGCGGGGAAGGAGCCGCUGCUGAACGUCUGCAUGGAUGCCAAACACCACAAGAGCGAGCCGGGCCCCGAGGGAAAGCUCUACGAGCAGUGCUCCCCCUGGAAGGACAACGCCUGCUGCACGGCCAACACCAGCCUGGAAGCCCACAAGGACCAGUCCUACCUCUACAACUUCAACUGGAACCACUGUGGGGUGAUGCCACCCAAAUGCAAGCGCCACUUCAUCCAGGACACGUGCUUGUACGAGUGCUCCCCCAACCUGGGGCCCUGGAUCCAGCAGGCUGACAGCAGCUGGCGGCGGGAGAGGAUCCUGCACGUGCCCCUGUGCAGGGAGGACUGCGAGCAGUGGUGGCAGGACUGCAGGGACGCCCUCACCUGCAAGGACAACUGGCACAAGGGCUGGAACUGGGCCACAGGAACCAACCGCUGUCCCUGGGGCUCCGAGUGCCGGCCCUUCCACCGGGUGUUCCCCCGGCCCCAGGACCUGUGCGAGAAGAUCUGGUCCGGCUCCUUCAGGUACAGCCCCGAGCGCCGGGGCAGCGGCCGCUGCAUCCAGAUGUGGUUCGACCCUGCCCGGGGCAACCCCAACGCGGCGGUGGCCCGGUACUACGCCGGGAGAAGGAGAUCCUCGCCCGGCCAGGAGGGCACCCUGGCUGCCCCGAGCCAGGGCAGCGGGCGGCUGUGCCCUGCGCCCCGCUGGCCCUGCUGGCCCUGCUGGCCCUGGCCCUGCUGCUGCUCCCCCCGGAGCUGGGGGCUGGGGGCUGCCUCUGACCGCUCUGGGAGGGGGCGCAGCAGCUCUGUCCGUCUGUCCCAGUGCUCUGUCCGUCUGUCCCAGUGCUCAGCAUAGGCUGUGCUGUUGGAGCCUCUCUGCUGCCCACAACGGGGAUUUAUUUCCCUGGGGAUGAGCAGGGCAGGCUCUGCUCUGCUGUGGGAGCUGCUGCCCAUCUGUCCCCCCUUGGCUGAGCUCUGGUGCCUGGAGUUUGGGCUGCUGUGACUCCCUGAAGUGCCUUUGCUAAUAAAGCCUGGUCCUGUUUC